UGACAAUUCACUAUUUUGCCAGUUUUGUUUUCUUCGCAUAUUUCGCUUUAUUAUUCAGAAAAGUUGGCCAUUUGCUUUAGUGUUAUUUAUUGAAGAAAUAGAAUACAUUGAUAGAUCAAAAUGAACGCACCUCCAACAUUCGAAUCAUUUCUUCUUUACGAUGGAGAGAAAAAGGUUCAGAAAGAAGAAGACACAAAGGUGACCAACGCAGCAAUAUUCACAGUAAAUAAGGAAGAUCACACACUCGGAAACAUGAUUAGGCACCAGCUAUUGAAGGAUCCGAAGGUGCUGUUCGCCGGAUACAAGGUGCCUCAUCCUCUGGAACAUAAGUUUGUUCUGCGAAUUCAGACUACUUCGGACUACACUCCGCAAGAGGCAUUUAUGAAUGCCAUCACUGACCUAACCUCAGAACUGUCACUAUUUGAAGAACGAUUCAAGGAAGCCAUAAAAGAGAAGAAGGAAGGAUUAGAUUGAAAAUAAGAAACAUAAUAUAGGAUAAGGUCAUGAAUGUGAAUUAUUUGAAUAAAUAAUAAUUAAUUAUUGAGUAUCAAA